AAGCAGGACCUGUAACGUGAAAAAAAUGUUUCGAUGCUUUCAAGUAACAGGUGAUGUUUAGUCGAUCAUUGUUUGUAAGGAACAUGGGGACAGAAACAAGUGAAAUCGCAAAGGCGUUGAAAGAUGUUCUACGGCGAGCUGAAUCGGCAUCACAAAAGCGAGCACAGACGCUUCCUCAGACCAAGCCCAGGGUAGUGGCUGUGUCUAAAACGAAACCCGUACAGAUGAUAGUGGAGGCCUAUCAGCUAGGACAGAGACACUUUGGAGAAAAUUAUGUCCAGGAGCUAGUGGAAAAGUCUUGCCACCCUGAGAUUUUAGAGAAAUGUAAGGAUAUAAAGUGGCACUUUAUAGGUCAUCUUCAGAAGAAUAAGAUCAACAAAGUACUAGGCUGUAAUAAUCUGUUUUUAAUGGAAACAUUGGACUCAGAGAAAUUGGCACAUAAUUUAAACAAUACUUGGGAAAAGAUGGAAAAAGCUGAAAGCCUGAAUGUCAUGGUACAAGUGAAUACAAGUCAAGAGGCGAGUAAGAGUGGCUGCAAUCCUGCCCAGGUCUGUGGUCUGGUGAAGUUUGUGAGGGAGAAGUGUCCCAGACUCAGCUUCAUUGGUCUGAUGACAAUAGGAGCAUUUGACCAUGAUCUCACUACUGGACCUAACCCGGACUUCCAGUUGAUGUUACGCUGUCGGCAGGAAGUGUGUGAACAGGAACAGCUAAGAGCUGAGGAAGUUGAACUUAGUAUGGGAAUGUCACAUGACUUUGAGCAUGCCAUUGAAGUUGGAAGUACAAAUGUAAGAAUUGGAAGUGUCAUAUUUGGUGCCAGAAACUAUGCUGCUAAAAGUCCACCUCAGGAGGCUGCAUCAGGGGGAGCAUCUGCGGUUUCUACCUCAGGCACAAAUGAGGCAGGGAGCUAAGCAGUGUGACCCACAGAUAAAUGUGUGAUGUGGACAGAAAUAUAAGCUGUGUAAAAUUCCCUGGUAAACAGUGCUGACCUGUUUGGAAAUGCUUCAUUCCACCCAUAUACAUUCAAAUGAUUAUCAGUGUUAUAAAAAAUUUCGUGUGGAGCUAACUGCUUCAUUUUGGCUGUAUGGUUUUAGCAAAGGUUGUGUACAAGGAUUUAUAUAUAUAAGAGGCUAACAGAAAAGAUUAUUGUUCAUUUCACAAGCAAGAAAACUGCCAAAUUGAAUUCAUAUUAAAGCAGAUAUGGAGUAAAUAUUUCAGUCAUCACAAUAAUGGUGGUUAGUAAAGUUGUCAGGGAGAAGAAAAUGAGGAAAAAAAAAAACAUGUAGAAUGUACUAAUUGUGCUAAGAAUUAUGUUAAACUGUUCAUCUUUGUGUCCAGAUUUGUCUGAAAUGUACCUUAUCAGAUGUGAAUAAUGUCAUAUUACUGAUGUAUUGUGAGUUAUGGAACUGCACUAUGUAUGCAUGGUGCUCUUGGUCAUCUAUAUUUGUCAGUUAACACUGGUUGUAAACUUGAACAGUGUUUGUUGACUUUCUGAUCCACCUUUGUGUGAAAGAACUGUUGUAUACAUUAGCCAAUUUUAUUGAGUUAACCAUCUCGAUAUUGCGGGGCCUCCGUGGCUCAGUCGGUUAGCGCGCUAGGGCAGCAUAAUGACCCAGGAGCCUCUUACCAAUGCGGUCGCUGUGAGUUUAAGUCCAGCUCAUGCUGGCUUCCUCUCCGGCCGUAAGUGGGAAGGUCAGCAACCUGCGGAUGGUCGUGGGUUUCCCCAAGGCUCUGCCCCUUUUCCACCCACCA